AUGUUUGCAAUUUCCAAAUCCAAACCGCCGUCCCUGGUGACGUCGUAUAUCGGGAUUGCAACAUCGCGAAAUCAAAUCCGCUUCUACAAUGUUCUCCAUGAUACCUCGAUUCCAGAGCCGAAACGGAAACACAUACCUUCGUCUGGAACGUAUCCCAAGGGAUUCCGAGUAUCCGGCACUCAUGUCGGUGUCAAAGCUUCAAACACAAAGUUCCCAGAUCUAGCCUUGAUUUCGUCCGAUGUGCCUUGCAAUGCAGCUGCCGUGUUUACUACAAACAAGUUCCAGGCCGCGCCGGUCCAGGUUAGCAGAGCCACAUUGAAUGACCGAAAGGGAAAAGGCGUACAGUCUGUUGUUAUCAACUCUGGAUGCGCCAACGCUGUUACUGGGAAAGGCGGACUUGAGGAUGCGCAGAGGAUGGGCGCAACGGUGGAUAAGUGCGCUGGCCUUUCUGAACCAAGCACAAUUGUGAUGAGCACUGGUGUUAUUGGACAGCGACUUCCCAUCGCCAAAAUCCUCGACAAAAUCCCCACAGCGCACUCCAACCUUGCCAGCACUCACAAUGCCUGGCUAGCCACAGCUCGAUCCAUCUGCACAACCGAUACAUUUCCAAAGCUCAUUUCGCAAACAUUCACACUCCCAUCUUCACCUGGAAUUACCUACAGCCUUGCCGGAAUGACCAAGGGAGCCGGCAUGAUCCAUCCGAACAUGGCCACCCUUCUCGGCGUGGUGUGCACAGAUGCGCCCAUCGAAGCCGCAGCCAUGAAGAACCUGUUACUCCAGGCCGUUUCACGCUCCUUCAAUUCCAUCUCUAUCGACGGCGACACAAGCACCAACGACACCAUCGCCCUGCUCGCCAACGGCGCUGCAGGCGGCUCCCCUGUACCCGCAUCGCCCUCGUCACCAGACUACAUCGCGAUGCAAGAAGUGCUCACAUCCUUUACGCAAUCCCUGUCACAAUUAGUCGUCCGCGACGGUGAAGGCGCCACCAAAUUCGUAACUGUACGCGUGCAAAACUCUCCAUGCUACGACUCUGCGCGCCGCAUCGCCUCGACCAUUGCGCGCUCCCCUCUCGUGAAAACAGCUCUGUACGGCCGCGACGCAAACUGGGGGCGCAUAUUGUGCGCUAUCGGGUACACCGAGGGCGUCCCCGACGGGGUUGUGGUUCCCGAACGCACCAGCGUCAGCUUCAAGCCCGUGGACAACUCGCCCAUUUUGAAACUGUUGGUUAACGGUGAGCCCGAGGCUGUCGAUGAGACCCGCGCUAGCGCUAUUUUGCAAAAUGAGGAUUUGGAGAUAGUUGUUGAUCUUGGGGGUGGCGCAAAGGGCGAGGUUGGCGGCGAAGAGGCCGUGUAUUGGUUCUGUGACUUUAGUCACGAGUAUGUCACUAUCAACGGUGAUUAUCGAACAUGA